CGGAGCCCGUUAGCUCCCGCCCGUGACCCGCGGCCUCGCGGGGUGUUCCGGCCCUUCGGAGCGUUCGAGCUGCGGCUCUGGCGAUGCUGCCGGGGGCGGCCGCUCCCACCGCUCCUCUCGGCCGCUCGGGCUCUGCCGGGACGCCCGCGCCAUGACCCGACCGGUCGGCGAAGGGCUGCCGUCUCCGGGCCCGCCCUUCGCCAUGUCCCGACGCCAUGUUACGCCGGCGGCCGCGGGCAGAGAGGCGGCCCAUGACUGCAGAAACCAGAUGAUUACAGAAUUCUUCAAACCAGUUUUAAAUCAAGACCAUGGCCAUAAAGACAGAGCUGUGCUGUCCUCACCAGACAAAGGAAAUGUAAAGGAUGAAGGACUGGGGCUGUCAGUUUUACGCACUGAAGGUUUUGAAAGGAAUAUAUCUUCUCCAAAGAAGGUCAGAAGAAAAAGAUGUCAGACCAAACACCAAACAAGUCCUGUGGGAAAUGGAUGUUCUAUAAGAAAAAUAAUGCCUUUUGGUUCAAGGGAGAUUGCCUCAGAUGACCCAUCUCAGCCAAGGCUAACACAGGUUUUAGAACAUGAGACAUCUCCUCCACAUGCAUUUAGAGCAUCAUCUGAGAUGGCCUCUGGUGCACCAAAGAGCCCAGCUGUUCCUUCACACUUCUUUACGGUGUCCUUUGGGAUACCCAAACAAAGAGACUGUCCUGGGAAAAGAAAACACACUGCCAUGAGUGUGGAUGUGGAUAGUUCAGAUCAAUCUGAAGUGAAUGACCCUGCUUUUAGUAGAUCAUCUUCAAAAUGCAAAAAUAGAAGGUCUGACUUUGUAAAAAAUAUCUUUUUAAAGUCUCCGUAUGAUGAUGUUCUGCAACUCAAGGAGCCUGCUGCUGUGUCUAGACAUGAUUUGACUCCUUCAGAGGAAUUCCUCAACUCAAGCAAUGAAAAGGAGAAAAAUAAUUACUCCACUGUAGGUUUGUCAUCUUCAUAUUCUGCACACAGCCCUGCUAAAAAUAACCACAUUUCUGUUGUGGAUACCAAAGAGAAUCAAUUGCAGCUGGCUAACUCAUGCUUUUUCUUGGAAAACUCCCUUCCUAUUUCUCAGGAAAAAAGUACUGUGUUGCCUUCUCCCCACCACUUAACACAAACAAAAGGCAUGAAAUCCCCUCUCCAGGUUGCUGGCUUAUCUCAGGUAUGGGAUGUUAAGAAAGAGCAAGAUAAAAGACCAGAAAGACAUGAACGGAAUAAAGGAUACAUUGUUCAGCCCAGCAACAGUUUUUCAAAUACAAACCACAAAGUUUCUGAAAAUACUGCUGAUUCUAGUAGAAUGGAAAUCUCUGGGAAACUUGGACUGUCCCCAGAGACUGGUAAAAGUGUUCCCCCUUCAUUGUCUUUGAAAGAAUCUUUCAUGGAUAGUGGCCACGAGUCUUCACAAACCUCAGGAGAACUAGAAGUUAAAAGGAACUUUACAAACAAGUCCAAGCUGGACAGAAAUUGGCAAAGCAGCUCUGAGAGUGAAGAUGACAUUUUGGAAUCCAUUCUAGAUGAUGAUGAAGAAGAGGAGAAGGAGGAAGAAGCAUUAAUGCCACUGCAAAAAAUGCUCAGUUCAAGUCACAAACCACAGGCAGGAACCCUGGAAGACUCUUUUGACAGUUUUUCUCAGGACACCGUAACUCCAUUACUGAAGCUUCAUCUUUCUAAGGCUCCUAUUAUAAGCAAGGUGUCAUAUGUGAACAGCUUAGAUCAUCUCUUGAAGGAGAAAGAAGAAUCUAGAAGGUUAGAGGAAAUGGAGAAAUGGUUACAGGAAGACAUAGAAAGAGAGGACAAUGCUUCAGAUGGAGAAAAUGAGGACAAUGCCAGUGGAGAUGAUCUCUCAGAAGAACACAGGGCGUUUAUAAAGAGAUUUUCAGUAGUAACUUAUGUCAUACCUGACAACCACCCUGGAGAAGAAAUAUUUGAUUUAUCAGCAUCUGGGAAAAUCUUCACUCAACAUAACCUUGACCUGAGGAAUUUUCACCUCAUCCCUCAAAAUCCUAUAGAAAAUCUGCUUCUUAAUUCUGGUGUAACGCAGCAGCUUUCUUUAGCUGUUAAUGGUUUUCUAAAUUCUGCUUACAGUUGCAUAUUGUGUCCCAUACCAAUUCUAAAGUGGCUUUUCCAGAUGAUGUCUAUUCAUCCUGACUAUUGUGUUUCCACCCAGAUCUUAGACAAAUUGAUGGAGAUAACACUAAAAAACUCUUCCCUCAGUGAUGAACAGUUUAAACCAUGGAUUCCUUCAAUAGCUGAUAUAUCAGCUGUUUUUGUCAAUAUGGGUAUUGGGUUCAGAUCUCUCUUUCCAUUGGAACAUCUUCAACCCACCUUUAAUGAGCAUGAUAUUUUAAGUCAGGUGCAAGAAACAGUGAGUCAACAGCAGCCAAGAGAAGACAUAGCCUCUGCCAGUCCAGCUUUCCCCAGUCUACUUGAAAACAAUUUAAUUAAUGUGAUUAAGUUUCUAGGUUUUUGUAUGUCAGUAAUUCAAGAUGGAUAUACUGAUCGAGAAAUGUGGCUGCUGCUUAUAUUGCUAUUUAAAAUAAGUUUGGAGAAACAGUUAAAACAAGUUCCUCUGAUAGAUUUUCAGUGCCUUUUCGUAAAGCUUCUGAUGAAUAUAAAAGACUGGGAGGCAAAGAUGCCUGAGCUGUGCCUGGCAGUGAGUGAACUCUCCAGUAAUCACCACAACCUCCUGUGGCUUGUUCAGCUCGUGCCCAGCUGGAUUGAGCGUGGAAGGGAAGUAAGAAGACGUCUUAGCCUAGUGAUAAUUGCAAAACUUCUUUAUAAAAAGCAUGUAGAAAUACCUGAUGACAGUGACAAGCAGAUGUUUCUUCUGCAUCACUUUCUGGUGUGUAUGAAACCUUCUUAUCUACUGAAGAAGAUGAGAGAGAUGAGAGAGGGACUGAAGGAGCAGAAAGAUGAUGAAAACCACCCUCAUGCAGAACUAGAACACAAGGUAUACUACCUAAUCUAUGUCCUCCUUCAUCUAGUCAGUGAAGCCAGUUUUCUUGAUGUUGUAAAUUCCAGUCAAAGGCAACACUUACUGAAGCUUUGUCGUGCCUUAGAUAAGCACGUAAAAGGUGAUAUUAGGGAAGAUGCAAGGCUGUUUUAUCGGUCGAAGGUAAAAGGCUUGGCUGCUAGGAUAUAUGGCAAAUGGCAGGAUGUGAUACAAACCACUCGGCUUACUCAGGGAAAACUGCAUGACUUCUGGGAGCCAGAUUCAUGAAAUCUUGCCUAGUUAAGGGAAAAUAACAGAGAAACUGAAAUCAAAGAAGAUGCAGAAUGAAUGGAACUUCACCUUGCUUGGAACAGAAGAAAUCAGUCACCUGAGUUAGAACUUGAGCUUGAUUCAGACAAGUACUAGACACAUGAGGAUGUGAUUUGACUAACAUUGGUUUUUACUACAAAUGCUCUACUUCUGAAAAAUUGAAGUGGAUAAACUGAAAAAACUCCAGCUGUUCCUAUAGCCCUAUCAGAAUUGGGUAUAAAUAUUUUACCAUCUUGAAAGCUGGGGGAAGUUUCCUUGUUUUCCUUGCUAAUCAGAAGACAUAUUUGAAAACAGUAUGUAUUCAUUUUCUUGCCAGGACAUACCUGCAAGCAUUGUUUUAGGUUGGCUGGGGAAGAACUGCCCUGUGACAUGACAUGCGAGUUCAGAAACAGUGUUAGACCUCCCCUGUUGUGAGCAGGCGAGGAAGUGGUUCAGAUCUGGGCUGAAUCAUGGUAAUCUGCAAAGCAGAAUUGGUAUGAACAUCUAGUGUCUCUUAAAAAUACAAAAUAAACAGUUGCACUUUCUUUAAAUGGAGAAAAUACUAAUCCUAAAAUACCAUCUCUGUGGAGAUUUGAGAAAAGCAUUUGGCUCACCUGUGUAAAGACUGUGAAAGCCAUAUGAAGACUGAAUUCCUUGGUGUGAAGUCCUGCUGCACACACAAUAUGUGCCCAAAGCUCCAGGAGCUGUUUUUGGAAUAAUCAGAGGAAGGUGUGAUCUCCUUUUAUGCUAUCUGUGCAAAUGCUGUCACUUCAAUCUUACACUGUGGUUUGUCUGUAGGAUGGGUGUAUAUAGGAAGAGAAAGUUAAGGUAUUGGGUAGCAGCACCAAUGGGGAUUCCCAUAAUAAGUAAGAUUUUUUAAUAACGUCAACAUGUGUGUUUUAUAAUACUGUUCUGUUUUAAUUCUUGUAGAUUACCCUGUCUUGUAUGAUAAGAAUGUAAAAUAAGGCUUAAAAAACCUGCCACCCACAAAACCUUCAAAUUUAAUUAUGUAUAUUACAUAUAAAAGAACUGCUAUAGAAUGGACACAUCUUAGAGGAAAUCUAUGACAUCUGCAAAUUCAUACUAAAUGUAUUUUUUCUUUUCAAGUGUUAACAUCGUUAUGUCAAUGCCAUCUUUUGCUGUCUUUGAUAGCUCAUCUGCCUUCCCUCUCGUAACAGUUGCUUACUCUGUUGAAUAUAUUGUAUGUAGUUUUAUUAAUGGAUUUUUUUUCACUAAUAUUGUAUAAAGGUAAAAAAAAUGCAGAAUGUUUACUGUAUUUAAUGUGUAUAUAUUUUCUUACCGUGUAAAGUUGAUAUUGCUGGCAUGUAUAUUUUGAAGAAGGGGAGGGGUUUAGAUGAACAGCUUUUGUACUGCAGUUCAAAGCAUGUUGAAACUGCUGAGGUUUGGGGUUUUUUCCACACAAAAUAACCACUUUUAUAUUUACUUUUAUUUAAAAGAACAAUGGAAAAAUAAAACCAGACACGCCUUUCUAGUUAAAUGUCCCUGGACAAAAUGGGCUCUGUUUCACACCAGAAAAAAUGGCUGCGGGUCCUAUUUUGUUCUUGUGGCGCAUGUUAAAAUUCUUGGGUUCACAGCUGAUUAGCUCACUCUAGAUGGAGACAGUCUUGAAAUCAUUCUCAGCUCAGCCAGUCCUGUGUUUCCAUGCUUACUGCCCAUGUAUACAUUUUAGCACUUUCCCUCUCUCCCCCACUCCUGCUUUGUCUGGACUUCUCUUCCAUCUGUUUUCUAGCUGAAGUCUAGAUGUGGGUUGAAUUUGAUGCUCAUCAGAAUCCUUACACAGGUGAUCACUACAGGGCCUUUCCAAGGGGCUCCUGGCACUGAAAUAGUAAACCUGCUGCCCUUAUGUUUUGCCAACUCAUUUGCUGUCCCUCAGCCAGGACUUACAUGCAUUGGAAAAGGUUGUUUGCACACUAAAGGUCUUAACUGCUUUGGAUGUCUUCAGAGAAGCAUUUUGCACUGAGGUCUAUCUUUUGAUACUAUGUUGGCUGUAUUAAGAGCCAGAUGAUCACAUUUCAUGUGGAAGUAGGUGUACUUUAUUGCAGUAAUAACAGAAAAAAUUAAAGUCUGAUUAUAAAAUA